AUGCGCAGUGGCCGAAAAGACUUCAACAUGGAAUCGGUGCUUGGAAGAGAGCUGCGCCGGAUUGAGAUCGACAACUUUGCUUCCCGCCCCAUUGUGCUCAGUGGCUUCGCGGAACGUUCUUCUGGCGCUUUGAAAAACCUGGAUGAUGUCAUCAGAGCGGCCUAUUCUCGCCCGUUACCGGACUACCGGUAUUCCAGCAGGAUCGAUGAAACGGAAUUUUUGUCUGAUGACGUCAAGGACACAUCCUCGGUAGCGAAAAAGGAUUUGGCGAUUUUGGCCCACUCUGACGCUCUCAAGGAACGUUGUAAGAAACCCCAAUACAGGUCAAUUCAAAGAAGAUCGCUAAAGUACGAUAUGACAGAUGUAAAGUCGCUGUUUGCCUCACCCACUCAAUAUGUUCACGGAGAUAUACGCAAUCGAUUGGCGACUUCGGAUUUCGCCUCCAAUGAUGCGUCAACUUUGACGCAGCUCUCAUUAGAUAUUGCACGGAUGCGCAUUUAUGAUCUUCCGUUUUAUCAAAGCGUAUUCUCUGAUCGACAUCGGCUACCGACCUAUUUCGACAAGCGAAGUAACGAUAAAUUGGUGAUUUCGGUGGCGACGUGUGUUGGCUAUUCACGUCCCUUGUUCCCACAUGAAGUUCGGCUUGGCCGAUUGUUCAAACCAGAGCGCGAACUCCAACUGCUUGGCUGGCAUACCCUGCACGAUUUGCGAAAGCAACUGCGCUGUCCAGAGAACUGCACCCUUGAAGACGACCAUACAUUUGUGGCACCAAUUCCUGCGGACUACGCUAGAGAAAAAUAUACCGGAUCUUUCUUCUUCAUCAACAACGUGUUUUAUCGGGAUGAAACGAGCCCGGAUUCUGAAGAAAUGGUGCGCAAUCUCCGGGAGUUUCUGAUCGGCAACAAUUUGCGUGACUACGAGAUGCGUACGAUGCAAACAAGGCUUGGCGAGCUGGACCUGCAGCUUGGCCACCCGUAUGUCUAUGUUCAUCAAGCGCGUUGCGAGCAUUUGAUCACUUUUACCGACGUGGCAUGGGUGCGGAAUAAGCUUUCUCCGGCGGCAUAUCCGAUGACAACAUAUUUGAAACGCUAUAAAUCAGUGCUAUGCGCUGUAUGCCGGCAAGAAGCCAACCGCGUAAUUUUGCCAGACGAACGUGGCGACCUCACGGGCAGACUUCCAAGUGGCACUUCCUACAACACAGUGACCGUUUUGGAUGCGCCAUCUUUUCUCUGCGCAAUCUGCACGCAAGGAUUUUUGUUGAAAAACAAUGGAGAGAAGGAGUUCCAAUACGUAUCGGCACCAUAUGAGAGCAGGAAUGCCAUCUACUACGAUAUUUCGAAGACAGUUUCGUAC